UAAUCAGUCCUCCAUUUCACAAAUACAAAUAUUUUCCUCGUCAUUUUCCAGGCUUCUCUGUGUACUGGCAGCGACUUUUCGUGCAAAUAAUUGACGAUGAACCGCGGAGUUGUGCAAACGCAAUAAGGAACAAGUGACGGGCGCAGGAAAAACACGCAAAAUAACCGAAAACCAAGAUCCCCCUUACUGAGCUAAACCGAGAGAAGGAAGAAAAAAGACACCAAAAAUGUCGGAUAUUGAAAUGGAUUCGAACGACGGCUACGACGAUUACUACAACGGCGACGACGAUUGCGACAUCGAGCAAAUUGACCCACGUGACAGUGAUCCGGAGUACUUUGUAUACGAUUGUCUCAACACGGAAGAAGUUGAAAAGCUCCUCAACGAGUCUGUAGAAAGUCUCAGCAAUCAAUUACAAAUCACGCCGUCGCUCGCCAAAGUACUUUUGCACCAACACAAAUGGAAUAUGACCGAAGUAACGGAAAAAUAUCGCAACAACGCCGCCGGACUUCUCGUGAGUGCAAAAGUCAAAUCCGUGAAACGUCUUUCGUCGAAGAGUCAAACGUGUCCCGUUUGCAUCACGACGCAUCGAAGCGACAAGUUUUACUGUCUCUCGUGCGGACACAAUUUCUGCAAGGAUUGCUGGACCCAACACUUUGAAAUCCAAAUUGGGCAGGGAAUUUCGACGCAAAUCGGUUGCAUGGCAGCCAAAUGUGAUAUUAUCGUGCCCGAAGACACGGUUUUGCAACUUCUCAAUCGCAUGGAUUUGCGCGACAAAUACCAGAAAUUCGUUUUUGCGGAUUAUGUGCGAUCGCAUCCGCAACUGCGUUUCUGCCCGGGUCCCAAUUGCACAAUUGUCGUACGUAGUACGGAUACAAAACCGAAGAAAGCGUCGUGCAAUCAAUGCAAUACGGCAUUUUGCUUCAAAUGCGGCACGGAUUAUCAUGCGCCAACGGAUUGUACGGUCAUUAAAAAGUGGUUGACAAAGUGUGCGGAUGACAGCGAAACGGCAAAUUACAUUUCGGCCCAUACGAAGGACUGUCCCAAGUGUCACAUUUGCAUCGAGAAGAACGGCGGAUGCAAUCACAUGCAAUGUUUUCACUGCAAAUGGGAUUUUUGUUGGAUGUGUUUGGGCGACUGGAAGACUCACGGCUCGGAAUAUUACGAGUGUUCGCGUUAUAAGGAAAAUCCCAAUAUCGCCAAUGAAUCGGUGCAUGCCCAGGCACGAGAGGCACUCAAAAAGUACUUGCAUUAUUACGAAAGAUGGGAAAAUCAUUCGAAAUCGUUGCAACUCGAGCAACAGACUCUCGAUCGGAUCAAGGCGCGCAUCAACGAAAAAGUCAUGAAUGGACUCGGAACGUGGAUCGAUUGGCAAUAUCUCUUUCAUGCUGCCAGCUUACUUGCUAAAUGUCGUUAUACCUUGCAAUACACCUACCCCUAUGCGUAUUAUAUGGAAUCGGGAUCGCGAAAAGACUUGUUCGAGUAUCAGCAGGCUCAACUAGAAGCUGAAAUCGAAAAUCUCUCAUGGAAAGUUGAGCGUGCCGAGACGACGGAUCGUGGCUCGCUGGAAAAUCAAAUGGAUGUCGCCGAAAAACGACGAACUACAUUACUUAAGGAUUUCUUUCCCAACGACGGUUAAUUCUAUUUUUCGGAAUAAAAAAUUUAUUUUUUAAAAC